UUCGUCCUUUUCUCCACUCGCUCGGCUGACUUUUUUCUUCGUCCUCCGCAAAUUAGUUUGUCAGCAAUUAAUUAAUUACUCCGAGUAGGGCAGCAGAAGUGAAGCCGUUAGUUAAGCUCACUUCUAUUCCGUACAGCCAUGGCGGAAAAGGGGGUUGAAAGUGAGAUGAUGGACGAGGACCCGAUGGAUUUGGGUGUCCCUGAGGAUGAAAAAACUGAGGUCGUCGGGGGAAUCGGAGGAAUUGGUGUGGGGCUGCCAAUUGGGAUCAUUGGGAGGAGCAAGGAGGACGUGGAAGAUGGGGAGUGCUCAUCAUUGUCAGAUUCUAAUGAGAGCGGCAUGGAAAUUGACACUGGAAUAUUGGGGGAUGUUGAGUCGUCUCCCAUCUCGAGGACGACUAAAAAGUCGAAAUUUGUAAGGUCACUAAGUAAGUUUGCGACUGAGAGUCAAAGUGAUAGCCGUGAUAGGGAUGGCUUCCCAGAUCUGGUUAAAUCAACAAGACCGGAAAGAGGCCCUCGCCAAUAUCCGAAUCCGUUCACUUUGCAAAGCUCGGAGGAAGGGAGGAAACGAGCUGAGAGGGCGAAGCGGUUCCACGAUUCGCCAUACAAGUUUGAACAGCCUGGAAUUACUGCAGGGGCUGAUGUAGUUGCUGACGCCGUGAGUGAUGAAGAAUUGUUGAGUCUGUAUAAAAAAUGUGGACUUUUCGCCGAGGAUUGGGGAGAACCUAGUUUUGAAAAAGUUGGAACCCACUACCGCUUAGAUUCUAUUCUUAUUCGUGGUAUUAACCGAAUGAGCACGGAGGAAAUUUUUUCCUAUCUCUUUGAAAUCGGACUUGUUCCACAAGCGAUGGAAUGGGUAAACGAUGCUUGUUGUAUUGCUGUUUAUAAGAAUAAUCAAGAAGCUGCUGCCUCACUGUUGAAAGUUACGAAGCCUAUUUCCGUAGACCACGAGGUUGUUGACAAGAAGAAAAACUUGGAUAUUGAGGAUAAACCGAUUCCUGAAGAAGGAGAGGAAGAACAGCCGAAUGCUACUAAUCUUGGUGACAAACUCUUGAAUUAUGAUUCGGCAAGUGUCAUCCCUCAUGAAAAGAUUUCGGUUCCAAUGCCUCUCGGGCAUGUUUGGCGCUAUGCAAAACCCUGUCAAAAAGCAUCCGGCAUUUUAAUGCGGUUUGCAACAAAUCAAGAUCGAAAGCAGGAGAGAGCCGAACAUUUCAGUGAGUACUAUAAGAAACACGGAAACCCCAACAAUCCAAAUUACCGGCUUAACAACGAAGAAGGGUACCGAAAAAAGCGACCAUUCAAACGAGCUCGUUACAACCCAUCCCCGGAGGUCAGUUCGAGCGAAGAAGAUCUCAGGGAAGUUCAAAAGUUUAGCGUGUGGACGAAGUUGAGCGCGGACUGGCACGCUGAAGAGGAUGGCGGUGGCGAAUCUUCUCGACCUGAUUCUAAUCUCAAUGUUCGAGCUAAUACUCCGAUGCCACGCGGCGUUGAUCUUCCUCUCACUGCUUUUCCUCGUAUUUCUCAAAUGCGACGUUUUCAUUUGGAUCAAGGGCCGGCCUACUCGAGACCACCAGCCCCAAUCAUGCGUCGGCGAUCAAUCUUCGACAAGUUGGAUAAACCACGUAAACGGGGAUGGCAGCCAGACAUAGGGAAUCUGGGUGGGCAUGAAAAACAAUUCUUUACUGCUGGUCACGACAGUGAUGAAGAAUGGACUUCGCGAUUGAAAGGGCCUACGAUGAGGAUGCAUGCCGACGUUGAAGAAUCUCGACAAAAACUCCAAGCUACUCGAAAAAAGAUUCAGCAGCAAUCACAAUCAAGCAGUAUCAGCAGCCGACUAGGGGACCGUGUGGAGCGUGUCAAAUUGGAUGCCGAUGAUGAUGAGGUCGCCGCAACCAUCGCUUCCCGUCCAUCAGUCAAGGAUCGACUGGGCACUCGGCAGCCAUUCUAUCGUACUCUAAGCAAUCGGUUGAGCUCGAUUGAUCGACUAAACUCUCCACCGGACUAUGACGAGGGCGAAGGCGAAGGCGAAGCUGAAGUCGAGGCCGCUUAUCUUCAGUCCCUUCUGGAAGACAAAUAGCUACUCUAACAUAAAUCAGCUAGUCAGUAAAUCGAAUUUCAUAUUUUGAGAGUUAUCUUCUAGAGAAGAAGUCCAAAAACAACAAACAAACCAAUCAUUAACUUUUAAUUCCACAGUAGAGAGUUCUCUCCGUAACACAAUCGACAGUCUCCAACAAUAUUUAUUUUCAGCGCGUGAAAUGUAUUUAACAGUAAAAAUUACAACUACUACUACGAUAUGGUACUAUUAUUACCGUCAAUUAAUUAUUUAUUAAAUCUAUUAAUAGAUGCAAAGAAUAGUUUAAACUCAAAACUAUAAAGAUAUUCUACUUUGUACUGAAGUCUGGCUAUUUUCAGUAGUUUGUUCUAAAUUUAUAAGUUUUUCCUAUUGAAUUGUUUAUCAGGUAUGUAUGUAUCGUUCCGUGUAAGAAUGGGCGUCAUAUAUUAUGCAUCAAUGCUUGAAGGUCGUCAGAUUUGUACGCUGUUAGUUUUAGUGAGUCGUGAAGGAUGAAAUUUAUAAAAACUGGCGUAUUUAAUAAAAUAAAAAACUUUGUUGUUGUUAACA